AGCAGUAGCUCGGUGCCCGGCCGCGGGGGGAAUCCCCGGAGCCUGCCGCGAUGGACGCCGUCUUGGAACCCUUCCCCGCGGACAGGCUGUUCCCGGGAUCCAGCUUCCUGGACUUGGGGGAUCUGAACGAGUCGGAUUUCCUCAACAAUGCGCACUUUCCAGAGCACCUGGACCACUUCGUGGAGAACAUGGAGGACUUCUCCAAUGACCUGUUCAGCAGUUUCUUUGAUGACUCUGUGCUGGACGAGAAGCGCCCUCUACUGGACAUGGAACUGGACUCCCCUGCACCAGGCAUCCAGGCUGAGCACAGCUACUCCCUGAGUGGGGACUCAGCGCCCCAGAGCCCACUUGUGCCUAUCAAGAUGGAGGACACGACCCAAGACAUGGAACAUGGAGCUUGGGCACUCGGACACAAACUGUGCUCCAUCAUGGUGAAGCAGGAGCAGAGCCCAGAGCUGCCCGUCGACCCUCUGGCCACCUCCUCCACCAUAGCUGCCACUGCCACAAUGGCCACCACCCCUCUGCUGGGUCUCAGCCCCCUGAACAGACUGCCCAUCCCCCACCAGGCCCCAGGAGAGAUGGCUCAGCUGCCAGUGAUCAAAGCAGAGCCCCAGGAGGUGAGCCAGUUCCUCAAUGUGACACCAGAGGACCUGGUACAGAUGCCUCCAACGCCUCCGAGCAGCCACGGCAGUGACAGUGAUGGCUCCCAGAGUCCCCGAUCUCUGCCCCCCUCCAGCCCGGUCCGGCCCAUGGCCCGCUCCUCCACAGCCAUUUCCACCUCCCCACUUCUUACUGCCCCUCACAAAUUACAGGGGACAUCAGGGCCACUGUUCCUGACAGAGGAGGAGAAGCGAACUCUGAUUGCUGAAGGUUACCCCAUCCCCACCAAACUCCCUCUCACCAAAGCAGAGGAGAAGGCUCUGAAGAGGGUCCGCCGGAAAAUCAAGAACAAGAUCUCGGCCCAGGAGAGCCGCCGUAAGAAGAAGGAGUACGUGGAGUGUCUAGAAAAAAAGGUGGAGACAUUUACAUCAGAGAACAAUGAGCUGUGGAAGAAGGUGGAGACUCUGGAGAAUGCCAACAGGACCCUGCUCCAGCAGCUGCAGAAACUGCAGACACUGGUCACCAGCAAGAUCUCCAGACCUUACAAGAUGGCAGCCACCCAGACGGGGACCUGCCUUAUGGUGGCAGCCUUGUGCUUUGUUCUGGUGCUGGGAUCCCUCGUGCCCUGCCUUCCUGAGUUCUCCUCCGGAACCCAGACGGUGAAAGAGGACCCCAUCGCCUCAGAUGGCGUCUACGCUGCCAGUCAGAUGCCCUCCCGAAGCCUCCUGUUCUAUGAUGACGGGGCAGGCUCGUGGGAAGAUGGCCGCAGUGCCCUGCUUCCUGUGGACCCCCCAGAGGGCUGGGAGGUGAAGUCUGGGGGGGCAGCAGAGCCACGGGCCCAGGACCACCUGCAGCAUGACUAUCUGGACAGCACCCAUGAGACCACCAAGUACUUGAGCAAGGCCUGGCCAGAGGACACCGGUGGCAAUGGCAGAAGCCCCAACUUCUCCCACCCCAAGGAGUGGUUCCAUGACAGGGAGCUGGGCCCCAACACCACCAUCAAACUCUCCUAGGCUGUUCCGAGGCCAAGGACACAGGACGGACCCCCUGGCACCCAGAAGAGGCGUUCUCUUGCUCACUGACAUGGAUCCAGCUCGCACCCCUGCUCUGGGGCUCUCCACCCCAGAAGAAAGUGUCCCACUUCUUCCCAGCCCUUCCCGCCCAAUUUGUGGCUGGGGACCCCCCAUGUCCCCAUACAUUCAGACUGUUACCUGGAACCAACCACUCCAUUCUGUCUUCUCCCUCCCACAUCAAUCAUCCGUCCUUCUCAGAUAAACCACUCACUGGGGUGCCCUUUCCUUCUUUCUCAUACCAACCAACAGGACCACUGCUCUCACCCCCAUCCACACACACAGACAGACAGACAGACACACACACACACACACACACACACACACAAAAUGCACAAACACCCACACAAUGCACAAACAAGCACAUGAUGUCCUCCACCCCCCACUGUACAGAGACCAAGAACAGAAAUUGUUUGUAAAUAAUGAACCUUAUUUUUUAUUGUUGCCAA